AUGCCCGUAUCUGACCGCUUCUUCUGUCCAACUGUGGAGACAAUGUCCGCCAUGCUCGGCCUCUCGCCCAGCACAGCUGGCGUGACGCUAUUGGCGCUUGGGAACGGAGCGCCUGAUGUGUUCUCAUCUCUAGCGGCGAUCGUUGGGGGGAACCCGAAAGUGGGGCUGGGAGCAGUUGUCAGUGCAGGCGCAUUCGUCACGUGUUUCGUGGUGGGCUGCGUGGCAGUCACAGCUGCUCCCUUCCCCGUGCGACCGCGCCCGUUCCUGCGUGACUCGUGCCUCUUUGCAACAGGCGUGCUGCUACUGCUCCUCAUAUACCUCUCAGGCCACGUGUACCUCUGGCAGGCAGUUGGCCUUGUAGCCUUUUAUAUCUGCUUCGUUGCCGUGGCUAUAGUGUCCAAUGCAUGGGAGCCGCCAGACCCACCCCAUCCACAUUCCCAUGGUCACGCCCGUGCACCCCCUCUUCUUUCUCGCCUCCCCCCAUACUCCCCUUUCCGUCCCCCCACCCCUCUUUCAGAUCUGCGAGCGUGCCUGCACGUCGUCUUUGACCCGCUGCGCCUGGCCACCAUCCCAUCCAUCGACCCCUCUGCAUGGGACAUCCGAUACGCCACUGCCAACGUCGUCCUCUGCCCUCUCAUCGCCAUCCACACCACCCGCGCCCUCCUCCCCCCCGACUCCAACCUCCUCUUCUUCCUCCCGCCCCUCGACCCCCCCUCCUCCUUCUCCUCCACCUCCCUCUCCUCCCAUUCCCCCUCCGCCUCCCCCGCCUCCUCCCUCUUCUCCUCCUCCUCCACCCUCUCAACCUCCUCCCUCGCCGUCCGCUCGUUCGUGCUCAUUCAAAGCUCCCUCUGCGCUGCAGCGUAUCUCCUCGCCACCCGUGCCUCAAGCCCCAUAGGCGCACCCCGGUCCCUCAUAGUCCCCGUUUCCUUUGCCAUGUCAGUCUUCUGGAUAGCUCUGACUGCCUCUGAGCUGCUAGGCCUGCUCUCCGCCCUUGGGAUUAUCCUGCACGUGUCGCCGUCCAUCCUUGGGAUUACUGUGCUCGCCUGGGGGAACUCCGUGGGCGAUCUUGUAGCGGAUGUGACUAUAGCGAAGGCUGGGCAUCCGACAAUGGCGAUUGCCGGGUGUUUUGCUGGCCCGAUGUUUAAUCUCAUGGUCGGGGUUGGGUCGGCGUUGGCUGUCCGUAGCUGGGACUUGUACCCUGAGCCGUUGGUGUUGUAUCACCACCCUAAUGUGCUGCUGGCCCUGUGUUUUCUGCUGGGAGGAGUGCUUUCGUCCAUUGCCUUUGUGGUGUGGUCUGGGUUUAGGGUAACUAGGACCUGGGGUGUCUGCCUGAUUUGUAUGUACUUGACGUUUGUGGUUGCUGCUGUUGCAAUCGAGUCCUCGUUGCAUUGA